AUGACGCUGUGUAAGCAAAGUGGAUUUGCCAGUGGAGGCGGGGAGGCGAAGGCCGGUGAGCGCCGGAAGAGCAUUGUGCAGGGGCCGGGGGUCCCAGGGGAUGCGGCCACUGACCGGCAAGCAUCAAAAGGAACGCCGACGGGUGCCAGCCAGUGUGUCCCCGCGCUCUAUGGGACCGCCGCGCCGCCCGGCGGCUCUGGGGAGGGCCGACCUGUGGCUUCUGUGGGCGCCGCCGCCCCCAGCCGCGCUCCACAAGAAACCGGAGGCUCCUUUCACCGUCGUCGGCCGCGGCCGGUGGGAGCCAGCGCGCUGACAAUAAUGCCGUUCCGAGAAACCAGAGAGGGAAAUCGGCCGUCAAUGGAGCUGUCCGGUGCAGAGAUUGCCCGGCACCCCGGGCACAGCCCCGUUCCAGGGUUCGACCCCCGCGGAGGCCAGAAUGCCGGGCACGCGCCGCAUGCCGCGCAUAUCGCGUGCCACGCCGCCUAA